GGUGGUAUGGUUAUGAGACGUCCCGAGCUCCCCCACAGAUGGGACGAAGCACGGGAUGUUCCACAGUAGGUGGGUCUUUGCUGCGGGCGACUGAGCUAAGAUCAAUGAAAGCGGGCGGUUUUACCGAAACUGGUUGGACGAGCCGAGGUGGGAAUAAAGCCGUGGACACGGUCAUUUUAUCCGAAGAGCACUAGCAGUGGAAACGUCGUUUCUUUUUGAAUACUCAGUGAACUCGUGGGUGACUGAAAGUCGACGCCAGAAGAGUGCAAUGUGGAAAAUUUACACUUCUACUGUAGCCUAGUACACUGUCGUAUUUUGUCACGGAGAUAUUCGUUGGUUGAGCGUUGAGUCGAGGACAAGGGAAUUAAGGAUGAUCUUUGCGAACACCGCCAACCCCGUAAGGCCCCCUUACCGAAAACAGCCUCCAGUUGCUCCGCCCACUCUCCCGAUGGCUCCGCCCAGCCCGAGCACCAAUAGCAGCACGAAUAAUAGCAGCAGCAACAGCAGCACGACCGGAUGGGAACAGCUCAGCAAAACCAACCUCUACAUCCGCGGGUUACCCCCCUCCACCACCGACCACGACCUUGUCAAACUCUGCCAGCCGUAUGGAAAGAUUGUAUCCACAAAAGCUAUCCUGGACAAAACCACAAACAAAUGCAAAGGUUAUGGCUUUGUGGACUUUGACAGUCCAGUGUCGGCGCAGAAAGCUGUGGCAGCGCUAAAGAGCAGUGGCGUUCAGGCUCAGAUGGCCAAGGUGAGACCACAACCUAUGGCAUCACUCCCUUCGUUUAAGCAACAGGAGCAGGACCCAACCAACCUGUACCUGUCCAACCUGCCAGUGUCCAUGGACGAGCAGGAGCUGGAGAACCUCCUAAAGCCCUUUGGACAGGUCAUCUCCACCCGCAUUCUCAGAGACGCACAUGGUGUCAGUCGGGGUGUGGGCUUUGCCCGAAUGGAGUCUACAGAGAAGUGUGAUGCUGUGAUCUCUCAUUUUAACGGGAAGUUCAUUAAGUCCACAUCAGGAAUGCUGGGCACAUCAGAACCACUGCUCUGUAAGUUUGCUGAUGGCGGUCAGAAGAAGCGACUGAGUCAGACUAAAUAUGUUCCCAAUGGACGAACCUGGACAAGGGACGCCGAGAGUGGGAUAACAUUGACCUAUGACCCUAAUGCGACUGCCCUCCAGAAUGGGUACUAUGCCCCUCCCUACAGCAUGGGGAAUAGGAUAAUGGCCCAGACAGCUGUGACUCCCUACAUCUCACCUGUCUCCACCUACCCGGUCCAGAAUCCCUCCUGGAUGACACAUCAGCCUUACAUUAUGCAGCACCCGGGAGCUGUACUGUCGCCCUCUAUGGAGCACCCCAUGCCACUACAGCCGUCCUCCAUGUUGGCUCCUCUGACUCAGCAGAUGGGCCAUCUCUCUCUCGGUGGCACUGCAACUUUUAUUCCGGCAAAUACAGCUAUGCAAGGAGCAUAUAUUCCUCAGUAUGCCCAUAUCCAACCUGCCGCCAUUGCCACUGAGGAUCCCAGUGUGCAGCCCCAGGAUGUGACCUCUAGUGAUCCCUCCACUUACCCGUUCCAACCUAGCAAGCAAUAAAAGGUUGAGCAGUUGGAGGCAGAUUUAGAGGAGGGCUCCUAUGACUACAGGCCUCUUUGGACGGGAAGUGACAUCACAGAGGAAACAACACUUUUGCACAGGUUCCAGAAAACAAGUCUAUGGUGUAAUCAACCAAACACAAACCACCUCAGAGGCCCUCGACAGGUGCAACAUGGCUUCAGCAACCAAAACAAUGCAAUUCAUCCGAGACAACAGACACAGGAGCGAAGCAGAGUUUUAUUUUGCUAACGAAAGGAAAAGAGACGAAGACAAAACGCUUAUUUUUUACCAAGGACUAAGGCACAGACAAAGUCUGUGAAUACAAGACAGAAACGCAGUGUGCUAGUACCUUUAGAUGCAUGAGAGGACUUUUUAGUAUGGUUUUUAGAGUGUUUUUACUGACCGUUUCUCAGACACACACACACACACACACACACACACACACACACAAAUGAGGAUAAAAAAAAAACAAAAAAAAAAAUUUGCUGUGGUAGUAGCAAUGGAGAGGUUUCUUUUUGCUUUUGUCUUCCGCACUUUGCCUUUUUGGUCCGUAGUUAAAGAAAUUUGCCUUGUAAAUACUGUAGAGCGGGCUUUAGAAUCAAACGAUGAAAUGCUUGAUGGGUAUCAGUCUUCCCUCCUGUCUGUCAAAGCGGAUGUUUCACACGUGAGUAGAAUGCUUUCUUUUGGGUUUUUUUUUCCAAAUCAAAGCAGCUUUACGGCGUGCUGGAGAUCUUGUAAAGUGUGUGGCAGAAUGGUCUAGUUCUGCUCUCCUCUGAAUGCGCCCGUUUAAAGUCUUCUUGCCUUUUCAAUCAAACUUGAUGUGGUAGAUGUAGGUGAAGCUGUUGUUUUUGGGGAGGGGAGAGGGUGGCAUCCCAGUGGGAGGAUGGGUGGGGGAGGGGCAUGAAUAUUUGGGUCAGGAGGGUUUGGGUGGGCUGGGCUGGGCCGAAAUGAUGGGUGGGGGUGGAAUAUCGGUAUGGGGUGAGGCGGGAGUGGGAAGGGAUUGACUUUAGGGGAGACAGAUGCCGUUAUUGAUAGUUUUCAGAGAGCAGAUUAUGAUGUUUUUUCUAUGGCAGUUUUUUUCCUUUUUGUUUUUACACAGUGUGUAGAGAUUUCUCGUACCGAGAGGCAGAAGUGCAAUGUUUCUUUAGAUAGAAAGUGAGAGCUGUACAAAACGAGUAAAAAAUGCAAAAGUUUUUAUAAGCAAAUCAAUCAUUUAAGAAAUAAAUCCCAGGUUUUUUCUGCAAUUCCAUUAAAGCAGUAACCCCUCAAGUUCAUUGCAAUAUUAAGGGCUGCAGCUGUCAAUCAGAACAAGUAAUACAAAGAGCAGGGGCUUUAGAUCAAAUUUGUAAUCUCUUAAAAAUGGAGCAUGAGAAUACAGAUAGGACAGUUAAGGAGAGCAUACAAUUAAGUGUUUGUGAACAAGGGGGCAAAUACAAACUUUCUGAAUCAGUAAGAACUAAGCUGUUCUGUAUUAAAUUGAAGUAAGAGUCCCUCAGAGAAAAUGAAUUAAGCUAAGGCAAUAAAAAAUGUUAAUGUUAAGGCAAUUAAGAUACUUUCCACCAAAGAUCUUCAAAUUAUUAUUGUAAUUGGUGUGGGCUAUUGCUGAGAUGCAGGUGUAUGCUAUUAAUAUGUAAGUUUGGAAAUUGUGCCUUUUUUGCCAACCCUGGCACUGUUUUAAUCAAGUUUUUAUUCAACUGUAUAAUCAGACAUGAUGCGUCUGAGAAUAAGGAAAACGUGCAGAAAGAGAGAUUGGACUGAUAAACUAAUCAAAGGCUCGUAAAGCAGAUCCAAAGGAGGCUUUGAUCUUUAACGCAGAUAGUUAAACAGAUUUAUGUGUGUCCGUUGUGUGGCUGUUUUCUUUUGAUGUCCAGGUCAGCUUGGCCGUCGAUCUACCUCAGAGUUGUAUCUGUUGUCUGAUUGGUCAGGUUUGCAGGUCUAUCCUGUCCAGUCAGGAGUAAAAAUGCCAGCUCUGGAGCUGGAAUCAUACAGGACUUCACCUUUAACUCGUUCGUUUGUCCACUUCUUCAAGUAAACAUUUGUGUUUUUAUCUGUGUGUCUUUUGUUGGUUAUUUUUUUGUAUUAUGAUGUUCUGGGUUCAGUCAUCUGGAGGAUCACUAAAAUGAUUGUUGCCCUCUUUGUUCGGAUUAGCUGCAGUAGUGAGAGAAGCCUGCGCGACUGCUACACAAAAUGAAAAUUAUGGAAAGGAGAAUUAUGGACUGUUUUGUACUUUAUACCCAGACAGGCUACAUGCUCUGCUUUUUAAGUCCACACAGGAUUGUUGCAGCCUCUUUCAAUUCAUCGAGGCUUGAUUUGAGUAACCAAAGUAACACCUCAUCAUGAAGACCGACAUCGAAGGGGGAUGCAUUUCAUGUGACAAGAACACAACCCCUUGUGCCGGAGAGUAACGGAGAAUAAAUGGAAAACUGAAGAAAAUACAUACACAGGUUUCACAGAAAUGGUGAUACUUUUUUAUUUCUCUAUUGUACACAUGCCACGAUUUUAACAGUGGCAACUUGUACGUCCAGCUACAAACAAAAAACCUGCUCCUGUGUUUUGUUUCUAUUUUUCUUCAACCUGUUGAUUUUUUUUUUAUUUAAAUGCUUUUUAUGUUUUAUUUCUAUGAUUUCCUCUGUGAAAAAGUUUUGAAUUAAAGACACAACUCAAACCUUCCCCUUAC